GCACGGGGUAGUACAGAACACCUCUUGGUCACGCCAUGGAUGGCUCACUUGGUGACGAGGAUGCCUUGGUGCAACAAGCCAUUGCUGAAAGCAUGGCUGUCGAGGGGCAAGUGGAGCAGAGUGGGUUUGACGAAGAACUCCAGCGGGCUCUCAUUGAGAGCGUGUCCGGAAAGGAGAAUCGUGGGCUCCGCCCAUUGAUGGGACCAGACGGACCGUUUCUUCCUGCUGGGCUGUUGAAUUCUGGGAACUCGUGCUUUUGGAACGCUCUUGUGCAGGCACUUUUCUUUGCAACUCCUGUCUUCCGAGGGGCUUUGUUUCAGCUUGAGCUGAGCGAGGAGACCUCCGUGCUGAGAGCUUUGAGAGACCUCUUUGCUGAACUGGAUAUGGGCUUGGAAAGUGCCAUUGAUGCCGGCAAACUCUACCGGAUGAUUUUUCAUCAAGCCGAAGAGGCGGAUGUCUCAGAGCAGAUGUUCCAUUUGUUCCGAAUUGCCUCCAAAGGUCCGAACUCAUUGAAAGCUGUGUGGCGUGAACUCUUCAGUGGUGAUUUGUAUGAAGAGAACUUGCAGGCUGGGCAGAUCCACCAGAGGGUCACUCACUUGGAUCUUUGUCAGUUAGAACUGUGCGUCACGAAACCCAUGUCCUUGCCGCAGCUUUUGGAGGAGCACGCUCAGGAUGUCCAAGGCAGCAUCCAGCGCCGUUCCUAUCGAUUGCCUCCAGUGCUGUGGCUGAAUUUGGACCGGUUCGCUUAUGAUCGUGUUGCCCAACGUGGAAAGAAGCGCCAGGUGAAAGUCGCUUUCCCUGACAAAUUGAACACUUGGAUGCUGGCACCUUUGAAUGCGCCGUGGGCCAAGCGUUUGCAUGUUUGCGCAGAGACUAGGCGCAGCAUAUUGCAGGAGUUGACGGCCAACCGGAGGGCGCUAGACGCAGCCGCAAAGGCUGCUCCCAGGCAAAUGUCAGAGCCGCUGGAACAAGACCUGAUCGUGAUGGCAGAGCACCAGGAAGCUUUGGUGAGACGCCUGAACGAAGUGGAUGAGCAUUUGGAGCAGCUGGGAGAGGAGCAGGAUUUGGUAUACGACCUGCGGGCAGUAAUAGUGCACAAGGGAGUCGUGGACUCGGGCCACUAUUUUGCCUACGCGCGAUGUCCGCGAGGUUCCACUUGGUGUUGCCUUAAUGAUUCAUCAGUAAGCCUUUGCGAAGGUUGGGAGAUGCGCCGGGUAGCUGAAGGAACGACCUUUGACGACGAGGGUGAUGAUGUUGAAAUGGGGACCGAGGAAUUGGCAUCAGAAGAGAAUGGGUUGGAAGGCCUUGGGAAGGCGUUGCCGGAACACGAAGGGCUUCCCUGCUCCCCCUCAGGCCAAGAAGGGGCGCCGAAUGGUGGGUUGUGGCAUUGGCUGUCAUCUUCCUUUGUCGGCUGCAUGCCAGCCGGAACGAGGUCCAACAGUGAAGACUUUCAAGCUCCUCCUAACAUGGCAGAUGCUUGUCCACCAUUGAGCUCAGCACCCGCCCUUCCAGCUCCAAAGUCCAGUUCGAGUCCCAAAAGUCCGCAGCCCCUGAACCAGGGAAGCACGGAAGCUCGAUGUCUCGUCUAUGUCCGACGAGGCGCCAGCGACAGUGACAAGCUGCUGGAUGAGGUGAGACAGCGCAUUCCAGCGCAGCUCCAGGAGCAGAUCGACGUUUGCAACCAGAAGGUUUUGAGCACCGCCAUUGAGGACAUUGUCUCAGAUGUGGCCUCUUGCCUCCAGGGCCUGCAAGGCGGAGCCGGUGGAGAGGGAUCUCAUGCGCCAGAGGCGAUCCUUAGAACUGCUGAAUGGGUGCGGACAGAGGCCGGCAUGAGCAUGGCACGGGCAUAUACACUUCGAGCCUGCUGGCGGCUCCACAUUCCCUGGCUCCCAGAGGAACUUUGCCCUACUGCCUUGCCGCCAGAUUUCCGCAUGUACUACGGCCGUGCUGCUCGACAAUUGCUGCUUGAUGCUUUGAUCAGGCAAGGUCAGCACGACAUCGCCAGCCUGGCUGCCUCUGGCGAGUCUGAUGCCUUCACCCCUCGCGAAAUGCAGGACUGGCUCAUUGAGCGGGGCUUGUGAGAAGCUGCGGAGAAGGAAGUGACGAAGAGGCCGGCUCAGACCAACAGGAUGAGUAGGAAAUCAGGCCCACGGCACACACCCAGAAGAUGAUGGUGCCAUUGCCUUUGCAUAUCUGUCCUCCCGCCUGAGGCGGUGCAGGAUGGUCAAUGGUGCUGCAGCUGGACAACGGUAUUGGUAUGUGUGU